AUGGCCAGGGAGACCCAGUCUGGCAUGCUAGGUGGGAGGAUCAGUUUUUGGUUUAGGCGUUUCUAUAUUUUCAUUCCUGUUCUCUCAUUUUGUAUAUUUCCGUCUCUUUAUCUCAUAGUGUUUCUCUAUUUUCCCCUCUCUUUUUCUCAUACCGUUUCUAUAUUUUCCUCUCUCUCCCUUUCAUUAUGUUUCUGUAUUUCCCUCUCUUUUUCUCAAAUUGUUUCUAUAUUUUCUUCUCUUUCUCUCAUACUGUUUCUAUGUUUUCCUCUCUUUUUCUCAAACUGUUUCUAUGUUUUCCUCUCUUUCUCGCAUACUGUUUCUAUAUUUUCUCUCUCUUUCUUUCAUACUGUUUCUAUAUUUUCUCUCUCUUUCUUUCAUACUGUUUCUAUAUUUUCCCUCUCUUUCUCUCAUACUCUUUCUAUAUUUUCCCUCUCUUUCUCUCAUACUGUUUCUAUAUUUUCCCUCUCUUUCUCUCAUACUAUUUCUAUAUUUCCCUCUCUUUCUCGCAUACUGUUUCUAUAUUUUCUCUCUCUUUCUCUCAUACUGUUUCUAUAUUUUCCCUCUCUUUCUCUCAUACUGUUUCUAUAUUUUUCCUCUCUUUCUCUCAUACUAUUUCUAUAUUUCCCUCUCUUUCUCGCAUACUGUUUCUAUAUUUUCUCUCUCUUUCUUUCAUACUGUUUCUAUAUUUUCCCUCUCUUUUUCUCAUACUAUUUCUAUAUUUCCACUUUCUUUCUCUCAUACUGUUUCUAUAUUUUCCUCUCUUUCUUUCAUAAUUUUCUAUAUUUUCCCUCUCUUUCUCUCAUACUGUUUCUAUAUUUUCCCUCUCUUUCUUUCAUACUGUUUCUAUAUUUUUACACUCUUUCUGUCAUACUGUUCCUAUGUUUCCCUGCCUUUCUCUUAUACUGUUUCUAUAUUUUUCUCUCUUUCAUAAUUUUUCUAUAUUUUCCCUCUCUUUCUCUCAUACUGUUUCUAUAUUCCCCUCCUUUUCUUUCAUAA